GGACAGCAAGCAGUGUGUUGGGAUGCUGGACAGUGUGUGGAUUAUGGGGUGUGUCGGACAACUGUGAUAAGUGAAGUUGGCAGCAAGACAUGAAAUCAAGUGUACGUGGCUUCAAUGGAUCUCCUACCUGCGUGUGUGUCUGUAUGUGCGAGUGUGCGUGCCUGCCUGCCUGCUGCCUAUUUAUAAGCAUAGGAGUGUAAGUGCAUGUGUGUGUGUGUGUGUGUGUGUGUGUAUAAAAAUUACCCUGUGUGAGUAACAUUUCUAAGGUGAAUCAACAGAGUAAGCUUUUUACAUACACUGCACUUGAAUAAUACGAACAUUUUUUUUAAUGGAAGAAAUAAAAUUGGGUCCUUAACCCGCCCACUAUGACUGGUAUGGAUUUGGCUUUCACUGGUACCCUGGUAACUUAUACUCCCACGUCUGUCUCUGCUUCUGUGGUGGAUAGUGAAGUGUUUCCCAUGUGGUAUUGGUAUGCUGAAUAUCCCCUCCCAAGGUGCAUGACUUUAAAUUUUACUUCAAUGAAUUGUAGCAGCCACUUUUUGUUACAUUCCUGUAGCUUGGUGAUGUCUUCUUGUAGGAAAUCCACUCCCAAGGGAUUAAAAUGCAAGGUUAAUAUUUUUUUCAAUGAUAUGACUUUAAUUUCUCUAUUCCUGUGAUAAUACUUAACUUCGCCAUCAUCAUCUGUGGUUGUUGUGGUGCAGAAAGGUGGGAGCAGUUACCUUGACUUGUUAGACUUGCUGCUUUUGUAAAGUAAGAAAGAAUUUCCAACACUGGAAUUCAGGGUUUUUGUAACAAUGACUGUCAUGCAAUGAUGACCUCACCUCACGCAGCAUAACGUGAGCAUUGUAGCUCUUUUGUACAUUCUUUUUCCUAAUAAAGGCAAGCCAACGUCUGUAAACAAUGACAAAGUAUAUGCCAAAAAUUUGUUUAAGGAGACCAUUUUUGUCUCUUAGGUCAGCCCCCACACAGCACACCAACCCCUUCAUUCCUCACUCUGGUUGGUUAAUGAAGAGAUGAGGAGAAAAAAAUAACAAAACUAUCUGGAUGUUAGUUGGCCUUGAGUCCUUACCUCAGGGAUAAGAACAGCAAUCCUGGGAACAAAGAAUGAGCAAAAUUGCAUCCGUGCCUUUGAAGACUCCAAAUGUAAUUUUCUGCAACAAGUAACACAGACAAUGCAACUUGAGGGCGAGGUUUCCCAAGGCAAUUGUGACGGAGGAAGCACCGAAAGUAGUGCGGAGAGACUGCCGGGGCCAACACUGCUGUGGCCUCUGUGGCAGUGAGAGGCUGUGUGUGGCAGAGCUCCUUGACUUCCCAUACUACUGAACGGCUUUUCCAGCAUCUAGGACUCUUGAGCAGAACCCAGGACCAAUGACAGCAGUGCAGUUGGUGGCAGCGGUGGCUGUUGUGGCCAUGGUGGGGGCAGGCAGUGUCUGUGCCCAAGUGCCAAGUGACCUGCCACCCGUGAGCUACCAGCACAGGGUCGUGCUGGACCAGGACAGCCCCUUUGUCAUGCUGUGGACACCUGGUGAUGAUGCCAUUGACAUAGAGGUUCAGGUGGGCGCCAAGGGCUACGUGGGUCUGGGCUUCUCCCCAAAUGGCGGCAUGAAGGGCGCGGACAUCGUCCUGGGUUGGGUGGACACUGCCGGGAAGGUGUUCCUGCACGACCGGUAUGCUGAGGGCAACAUGGCCCCGAAGGUUGAUGUGUCUCAGGACGUGAAGCUGCUGGGCGGCUACCAGAACAACACCCACACGGUGCUCAGGUUCUCGCGGCCCUGGAACACUUGUGAUGAGAGCCAAGACUUUGUGCUCACUGAUGACACGGUGCGGGUCAUCUGGGCCUACAGCAACAGUGACCCGGCCAGCGAGACUGACCUCAACUACCACGCAGCACGAGGGACCAAGAGCCUCUACUUGAAGUCACCCCAGUUCGUGAUGCCAGAAUUGGGCCCUGAUGUCAAGACCUGGGACUUCCUAUCACCCAACCUGAGCUUACCAGACAACCUGGACACUCUGUACUGGUGCAAGAUCUUCAAGAAGCCGCCCACCCCGGUCAAGAGCCACAUGAUUGGGUUUGUUCCAGUAAUUGAAGAAGAGAAUGCUGAGCACGUGCAUCACAUCCUCUUCUACGAGUGUUACGUGCCUGACAGUGACACCCAUUUCGAGAAGUGGGUGAGCUUGGAAGGGAUGCAGUGCUACAAUGCCAACAUGCCCACCUCCUGGAAGUACUGCAAGUCGGUUGUUGUCUCGUGGGCAGUGGGUGGAGAGGGAAAGAUGUUCCCAGAGCUCGCAGGUUUCCCCAUCGGAGAGGAACACGGAGGAGCUACAUACUACAUGAUGGAGAUGCACUACGACAACCCAAACCUACGGCAGGGAGUGGUGGACUCCUCUGGAAUCAGAAUAUUUUACACUGAAAACCUUCGAGACUAUGACGCUGGAAUGUUCAUGCUGGGCCACAAAGUCUCUGCCUUCCACCUCAUUCCUCCGGGCCAGCCAAGGUUCAUGACAGGGAGUUUCUGCGACUCCUCCUGCACCCAGCAGGAGUUGCCUGAGGAGGGUGUGAAGAUAUUCCAGGGAAUGCUUCACUCCCACCUGAUGGGGACCUCUAUGGUCUUAAGGCACAUCCGUGAUGGCCAAGAGCUGCCAGUCAUCAUGAAGGACAUGCAUUAUGACUUCAACUACCAGACCACCAGAGUUCUCCAAGAGGAGGUGACGGUGCUGCCGGGAGACACCCUCAUCACGGAGUGCUACUACGACUCCUCCAACCGAAGCAAUCCCACUUUUGGUGGACUGGACACACGGGAGGAGAUGUGUCUUGCCAUCAUGAGUUACUACCCUCGUGUAAAGCUCCACAUGUGUCAGUCUCAGCCUGAUAUGAAAAGUGUCAUUACUGCGCUGGGUGUCCAGGAGCUGUACACUGAAGAGAGAAUAUUCCAAAUGCUCAAUCAACAAUUCCUUGAAACACAACCCAUAGAUGAAGAAUCAGAGAGAGUGAGAGCUGAGAAGCUACAGAAUGGAGAGCUCAGUCAAGAGCUGAGACCUGUGCAGUUUUCUAACAUGUACAAGUUAAUGAGGAUCGCAGCUCCAGAUGAAUAUCUCAACAUGUCUGUCUUUAGUCUCCUUCAUGAUGAGGCAACGUGGCAGAAUACCACAGUAAUAGAUGCACUUCAGAGCCUGCCAACAACUAGUCAUUAUACCACAGGUUGCAACACACAUACAGAAAACAAAUCAAUAAAGGAUUACAAGCUGGUCCCAUAUCCAUCCUUCACGCCCCGAGCACCAGAGGUUGACCAGUGCCCCAGACCAAUGACAGCAGUGCAGUUGGUGGUGGCGGUGGCUGUUGCGGCCAUGGUGGGGGCAGGCAGUGUCUGUGCCCAAGUGCCAAGUGACCUGCCGCCCAUGAGCUACCAGUACAGGGUCGUGCUGGACCAGGACAGCCCCUUUGUUAUGCUGUGGACACCUGGUGAUGAUGCCAUUGACAUAGAGGUUCAGGUGGGCGCCAAGGGCUACGUGGCUCUGGGCUUCUCCCCAAAUGGCGGCAUGAAGGGCGCGGACAUCGUGCUGGGUUGGGUGGACACUGCCGGGAAGGUGUUCCUGCACGACCGGUAUGCUGAGGGCAACAUGGCCCCGAAGGUUGAUGUGUCUCAGGACGUGAAGUUGCUGGGUGGCUACCAGAACGACACCCACACGGUGCUCAGGUUCUCGCGGCCCUGGAACACUUGUGAUGAGAGCCAAGACUUUGUGCUCACUGAUGACACGGUGCGGGUCAUCUGGGCCUACAGCAACAGUGACCCGGCCAGGGAGACUGACCUCAACUACCACGCAGCACGAGGGACCAAGAGCCUCUACUUGAAGUCGUCCCAGUUCGUGAUGCCAGAAUUGGGCCCUGAUGUCAAGACCUGGGACUUCCUAUCACCCAACCUGAGCUUACCAGACAACCUGGACACUCUGUACUGGUGCAAGAUCUUCAAGAAGCCGCCCACCCCGGUCAAGAGCCACAUGAUUGGGUUUGUUCCAGUAAUUGAAGAAGAGAAUGCUGAGCACGUGCAUCACAUCCUCUUCUACGAGUGUUACGUGCCUGACAGUGACACCCAUUUCGAGAAGUGGGUGAGCUGGGAGGGGACGCAGUGCUACAGUGCCAACAUGCCCAACUCCUGGAAGUACUGCAAGUCGGUUGUUGUCGCGUGGGCAGUGGGUGGAGAGGGAAGGAUGUUCCCGGAGUACACAGGUUUCCCCAUCGGAGAGGAACACGGAGGAGCUACAUACUACAUGAUGGAGAUGCACUACAACAACCCAAACUUACGGCAGGGAGUGGUGGACUCCUCUGGAAUCAGAAUAUUUUACACUGAAAACCUUCGAGACUAUGACGCUGGAAUGUUCAUGCUGGGCCACAAAGUCUCUGCCUUCCACCUCAUUCCUCCGGGCCAGCCAAGGUUCAUGACAGGGAGUUUCUGCGACUCCUCCUGCACCCAGCAGGAGUUGCCUGAAAAGGGUGUGAAGGUAUUCGAAGGAAUCCUUCAUUCUCACCUGAUGGGGACCUCUAUGGUCUUGAGGCACAUCCGUGAUGGCCAAGAGCUGCCAGUCAUCAUGAAGGACAUGCAUUAUGACUUCAAAUACCAGAGCAGCAGAGUUCUCCAAGAGGAGGUGACAGUGCUGCCAGGUGACGCCCUCAUCAUAGAGUGCUACUACGACUCCUCCAACCGAAGCAAUCCCACCUUUGGUGGACUGGGCACACGGGAGGAGAUGUGUCAAGUCGCCCUGAGUUACUACCCUCGUGUAAAGCUCCACAUGUGUCAGUCUCAGCCUGAUAUGAAAAGUGUCAUUACUGCGCUGGGUGUCCAGGAGCUGUACACUGAAGAGAGAAUGUAA